GUUAUGUAGAUUCAUGCAACCGAACCAAUACGUGUCUCAACCCAUUAUUGCCUACUGUGGCAACCGGGGAAUGCAACGGCGUAACGACACAGAUAUGCUCAGUGGUCCGAGUGCCAAAUGAUCCACCGCUGAAAGACGUUUGUUCAAGUUCUCCCUGCACAAACGGCGGAAAAUGCAUAUCUCAACGAGAGGGCGUCCUGUGCUGUUACUGUAACCCAGCAAUGCCUCUGGAUUCCGGCCAGGCUUGUUAUGACCCUGCGAUAAUAGAUGUCUCGUCCAGAACACCCUGUGCUGCAGAUGACGGUGCACCACCAACGAUAGAUAAUUGCAACGAUGUGAGGACGAAUAAAGAUGUAGUGAGCGAUAUCAUCUCAGACCUUGACGUCACAGCUACCGAUAACGUUAUGAACUCCUUGCCCAUACAUUGCGUAGAGACUAGUGGUGCAUUACAUCUUACAAGCAACGAGGCCACUUUCAAUUGCACAGCAACUGAUACGGCUGGAGGAGAGACUACCUGUACAUUCAACGUUGUCUUUGAUCAACAAGCACCUGUGAUCGACAAUUGUCCUUCGAAUAUAAGGACCAAUAACGCUAUGGUAACCUGGACACCAGAUCCUACAGCUACUGACGAUGAUGGGACCACUCCUGAAGUAAUCUGCUUUCCAGCUGCUGGUAGUACAUUUCCAGUCGAUGAGACAACAAAUGUUGUUUGUAACGCGAGUGAUGCUGCUGGAAAUGAGGCCAUCUGCACUUUUAAUGUAACUGUAGAUCAACAAGCACCUGUGAUCGACAAUUGUCCUUCGAAUGUAAGGACCAACAACGCUGUGGUAACCUGGACACCAAAUCCUACAGCAACUGACAAUUAUGGGACCACUCCAGAAGUAAUCUGCUUUCCAGCUGCUGGUAGUUCAUUUCCAGUCGAUGAAACCACAAUUGUUGUUUGUAACGCGAGUGAUGCUGCUGGAAAUGAGGCCAUCUGCACUUUUAAUGUAACUGUAGAUCAACAAGCACCUGUGAUCGACAAUUGUCCUUCGAAUGUAAGGACCAACAACGCUGUGGUAACCUGGACACCAAAUCCUACAGCAACUGACAAUGAUGGGACCACACCUGCAGUAUCCUGUAUUCCAGCCGCUGGUAGUUCAUUUCCAGUCGAUGAGACAAGAAAUGUUGUUUGUAACGCGAGUGAUGCUGCUGGAAAUGAGGCCAUCUGCACUUUUAAUGUAACUGUAGAUCAACAAGCACCUGUGAUCGACAAUUGUCCUUCGAAUGUCAGGACCAACAACGCUAUGGUAACCUGGACACCAGAUCCUUCAGCUACUGACGAUGAUGGGACCACUCCAGAAGUAAUCUGCUUUCCAGCUGCUGGUAGUUCAUUUCCAGUCGAUGAGACAAGAAAUGUUGUUUGUAACGCGAGUGAUGCUGCUGGAAAUGAGGCCAUCUGCACUUUUUAUGUAACUGUAGAUCAACAAGCACCUGUGAUCGACAAUUGUCCUUCGAAUGUAAGGACCAACAACGCUAUGGUAACCUGGACACCAGAUCCUACAGCUACUGACGAUGAUGGGACAACUCCUGAAGUAACCUGCUUUCCAGCUGCUGGUAGUUCAUUUCCAGUCGAUGAGACAAGAAAUGUUGUUUGUAACGCGAGUGAUGCUGCUGGAAAUGAGGCCAUCUGCACUUUUAAUGUAACUGUAGAUCAACAAGCACCUGUGAUCGACAAUUGUCCUUCGAAUGUAAGGACCAACAACGCUAUUGUAACCUGGACACCAGAUCCUACAGCUACUGACGAUGAUGGGACCACUCCAGAAGUAAAUUGCUUUCCAGCCGCUGGUAGUUCAUUUCCAGUCGAUGAGACAAGAAAUGUUGUUUGUAACGCGAGUGAUGCUGCUGGAAAUGAGGCCAUCUGCACUUUUAAUGUAACUGUAGAUCAACAAGCACCUGUGAUCGACAAUUGUCCUUCGAAUAUAAGGACCAACAACGCUGUGGUAACCUGGACACCAGAUCCUACAGCUACUGACGAUGAUGGGACCACUCCAGAAGUAAUCUGCUUUCCAGCCGCUGGUAGUUCAUUUCCAGUCGGUGAGACAACAAAUGUCUUUUGUAACGCGAGUGAUGCUGCUGGAAAUGAGGCCAUCUGCACUUUUAAUGUAACUAUAGAUCAACAAGCACCUGUGAUCGACAAUUGUCCUUCGAAUGUAAGGACCAACAACGCUAUGGUAACCUGGACACCAGAUCCUACAGCUACUGACGAUGAUGGGACCACUCCAGAAGUAAAUUGCUUUCCAGCCGCUGGUAGUUCAUUUCCAGUCGAUGAGACAAGAAAUGUUGUUUGUAACGCGAGUGAUGCUGCUGGAAAUGAGGCCAUCUGCACUUUUAAUGUAACUGUAGAUCAACAAGCACCUGUGAUCGACAAUUGUCCUUCGAAUAUAAGGACCAACAACGCUGUGGUAACCUGGACACCAGAUCCUACAGCUACUGACGAUGAUGGGACCACUCCAGAAGUAAUCUGCUUUCCAGCCGCUGGUAGUUCAUUUCCAGUCGGUGAGACAACAAAUGUCUUUUGUAACGCGAGUGAUGCUGCUGGAAAUGAGGCCAUCUGCACUUUUAAUGUAACUAUAGAUCAACAAGCACCUGUGAUCGACAAUUGUCCUUCGAAUGUAAGGACCAACAACGCUAUGGUAACCUGGACACCAGAUCCUACAGCUACUGACGAUGAUGGGACCACUCCUGAAGUAACCUGCUUUCCAGCCGCUGGUAGUUCAUUUCCAGUCGAUGAGACAAGAAAUGUUGUUUGUAACGCGAGUGAUGCUGCUGGAAAUGAGGCCAUCUGCACUUUUAAUGUAACUGUAGAUCAACAAGCACCUGUGAUCGACAAUUGUCCUUCGAAUGUAAGGACCAACAACGCUGUGGUAACCUGGACACCAAAUCCUACAGCAACUGACAAUGAUGGGACCACACCUGCAGUAUCCUGUAUUCCAGCCGCUGGUAGUUCAUUUCCAGUCGAUGAGACAAGAAAUGUUGUUUGUAACGCGAGUGAUGCUGCUGGAAAUGAGGCCAUCUGCACUUUUAAUGUAACUGUAGAUCAACAAGCACCUGUGAUCGACAAUUGUCCUUCGAAUGUCAGGACCAACAACGCUAUGGUAACCUGGACACCAGAUCCUUCAGCUACUGACGAUGAUGGGACCACUCCAGAAGUAAUCUGCUUUCCAGCUGCUGGUAGUUCAUUUCCAGUCGAUGAGACAAGAAAUGUUGUUUGUAACGCGAGUGAUGCUGCUGGAAAUGAGGCCAUCUGCACUUUUAAUGUAACUGUAGAUCAACAAGCACCUGUGAUCGACAAUUGUCCUUCGAAUGUAAGGACCAACAACGCUAUGGUAACCUGGACACCAGAUCCUACAGCUACUGACGAUGAUGGGACAACUCCUGAAGUAACCUGCUUUCCAGCUGCUGGUAGUUCAUUUCCAGUCGAUGAGACAACAAAUGUUGUUUGUAACGCGAGUGAUGCUGCUGGAAAUGAGGCCAUCUGCACAUUUAAUGUAACUGUAGAUCAACAAGCACCUGUGAUCGACAAUUGUCCUUCGAAUGUAAGGACCAACAACGCUAUGGUAACCUGGACACCAGAUCCUACAGCUACUGACGAUGAUGGGACAACUCCAGAAGUUAUCUGCUUUCCAGUUGCUGGUAGUUCAUUUCCAGUCGAUGGGACAAUAAAUGUUGUUUGUAACGCGAGUGAUGCUGCUGGAAAUGAGGCCUUCUGCACUUUUAAUGUAACUGAAGAUCAACAAGCACCUGUGAUCGACAAUUGUCCUUCGAAUGUCAGGACCAACAACGCUAUGGUAACCUGGAAACCAGAUCCUACAGCUACUGACGAUGAUGGGACCACUCCAGAAGUAAAUUGCUUUCCAGCCGCUGGUAGUUCAUUUCCAGUCGACGAGACAAGAAAUGUUGUUUGUAACGCGAGUGAUGCUGCUGGAAAUGAGGCCAUCUGCACUUUUAAUGUAACUGUAGAUCAACAAGCACCUGUGAUCGACAAUUGUCCUUCGAAUGUAAGGACCAACAACGCUAUGGUAACCUGGACACCAGAUCCUACAGCUACUGACGAUGAUGGGACAACUCCAGAAGUUAUCUGCUUUCCAGUUGCUGGUAGUUCAUUUCCAGACCAACAACGCUAUGGUAACCUGGACAUCAGAUCCUUCAGCUACUGA